UGAGGGCUGUACCCGUGGGCAGCUGAGGGAGUGCGAGCCACAGGCCGGGCACUCUCCCUCUCCCAUUAGCUCAGCCGUGGCAUCGGACUUGCAGCUUCACUUUGGGCUGCCUUAGCCAUGAAGCUCCUUUUGCUGACUUUGACUGUGCUGCUGCUCUUAUCCCAGCUGACUCCAGGUGGCACCCAAAGAUGCUGGAAUCUUUAUGGCAAAUGCCGUCACAGAUGCUCCAAGAAGGAAAGAGUCUAUGUUUACUGCAUAAAUAGUAAAAUGUGCUGCGUGAAGCCCAAGUACCAGCCAAAAGAAAGGUGGUGGUCAUUUUAAGUGCUUUGAAGCCUGAAGCCAUGAAAAUGCAGAUGAAGCUCCCAGUGGAUUCCCACACUCUAUCAAUAAACACCUCUGGCUGA